CAGGUACCUCAGAGGGAGAGAAGGAAAAGGGGAAUGCAUGUGACAGCGUGAGAGAGGACAAACAGAGACCGAGACCGCAGCAAGUGGAAAGAUUUCAAGAGAGCUUUUCUUUUGGUCACCCUGCUUCUUCCCAUUGAUUCAUCUGCUAUCUGGAUGUAACCAGUUACCUGGACUUACCAGAGUGGAAGAGAGGGACAAGGAAAGAGGAAAGAAGCAAGGAGACAGAGGAACUGGAGUGUCUUGAGUGGAGCCUCACAUGGUGACUUCUAAUGUCCUGGAAUAAACCGGAAGCUGAACCAUGGUCAUUCUGCAACAGGGAGACUAUGUCUGGUUGGACCUCAAGACGGGCCGGGAGUUCGUCGUUCCGGUGGGAGCCGUGGUCAAGCUCUGUGACUCGGGACAGAUCCAGGUGCUGGACGACGAGGGGAGGGAGCACUGGAUCUUGCCCCAGAAUGCCACCAACAUUAAGCCCAUGCAUCCCACUUCCAUCCACGGGGUGGAGGACAUGAUCCGCCUGGGGGACCUCAACGAGGCCGGGAUCCUGCGCAAUCUGCUCAUCCGCUACAACGAGUGUGUCAUCUAUACUUACACAGGGUCAAUUCUGGUGGCAGUAAACCCUUACCAGCUGCUGCCCAUCUACACACCGGACCAUAUCCGCCUGUACACCAAUAAGAAGAUUGGGGAGAUGCCACCUCACAUCUUUGCCAUUGCAGACAACUGUUACUUCAACAUGCAAAGGAACAACAAGGACCAGUGCUGUAUCAUCAGUGGUGAGUCUGGGGCUGGUAAGACAGAGAGCACCAAGUUGAUCCUGCAGUUCCUGGCAGCGAUCAGUGGACAACACUCCUGGAUAGAGCAACAGGUCCUGGAGGCCAACCCGAUACUGGAAGCAUUCGGGAACGCUAAGACUAUUCGGAACGACAACUCCAGUCGCUUUGGGAAAUACAUCGACAUUCACUUUAACAAGAGAGGGGCCAUCGAGGGGGCCAAGAUAGAACAGUACCUUCUGGAGAAGUCCAGAGUCUGCAGACAGGCUGCGGAUGAGAGGAACUACCAUAUUUUCUACUGUAUGCUACGGGGCAUGUCCCCAGAGCUGAAGAAAAAACUUGGCCUGGGACUCGCCACUGACUACCCCUACCUCACCAUGGGGAACUGUACGAAGUGUGACAGCCGUGACGACCUGAAGGAGUACUCAAGCAUCCUGUCGGCCAUGAAGGUGCUGAUGUUCACAGAGACUGAGAACUGGGAGAUAUCCAAACUACUGGCGGCCAUCCUGCACAUGGGCAAAUUGCGCUACGAGGCCCGUUGCUAUGACAACCUGGAUGCCUGUGUGGUAAUGCGAUCUCCAGACCUGUCCACUGCCACAUCUCUGAUGGAGGUGGACAUUAAGGACGUGAUGUCAUGUCUAACCACUCGUACCCUGAUCACCCGGGGUGAAAAUGUGUCCACCCCCCUCAGCAUGGAACAGGGCCUGGAUGUCAGGGACGCCUUUGUCAAGGGUAUCUAUGGGAGGCUGUUUGUGUGGAUUGUGGACAAGAUCAACGUGGCCAUCUUCAGACCUCCGUCCUGUGAGAGUAAGAUCAUAAGGAGGUCCAUUGGCCUGCUCGACAUCUUUGGCUUCGAGAACUUCAUUGUCAACAGCUUUGAGCAGCUGUGCAUCAACUUUGCCAAUGAGAACCUGCAGCAGUUCUUUGUGAGGCAUGUGUUCAAGCUGGAGCAGGAGGAGUACAACCUAGAGGACAUCAACUGGCAGCACAUCGAGUUCACUGACAACCAGGAUGCCCUGGACAUGAUCGGCAAUAAACCCAUGAACAUCAUAUCUCUCAUAGACGAGGAGAGCAAGUUCCCCAAGGGAACAGAGUCCACCAUGCUAUAUAAACUCAACUCCCAGCACAAACUCAACACCAACUACCACCCCCCUAAGAACACCUACGAGACCCAGUUUGGCAUCCAGCACUUUGCUGGGGUCGUCCACUAUGAGACCAGAGGCUUCCUGGAGAAGAAUCGUGACAGCCUCCACACUGACAUUAUCCAGCUGGUCCACUCCUCCAAGAACAAGUUCAUCAAGCAGAUCUUCCAGGCUGACGUCACCAUGGUUAUGGAGACCAGGAAGCGAUCCCCUACUCUGAGUAGCCAGUUCAAGCUUUCUCUGGAGCUGCUGAUGAGAACCCUCAAUGUAUGUCAGCCUUUCUUUGUCCGCUGCAUCAAACCCAACGAGCUCAAGAAACCCAUGCUGUUUGACAGGGAGCUGUGUGUGCGUCAGCUGAGGUACUCUGGGAUGAUGGAGACCAUUCGUAUCAGACGCGCUGGUUACCCCAUCAGAUACACCUUCGGAGAGUUCGUAGACCGCUACCGUGUUCUCGUGCCCGGGGUCAAACCUGCCAACAGACAGGAUGACCUGAGAGGGACGUGUCAGAAGAUAGUGGAGGCUGUUCUUGGACGAGAUGACGACUGGGAGAUUGGGAAGACCAAGAUCUUUCUUAAGGACCACCAUGACAUGCAGCUGGAGAUAGACAGGGACAAGGUCAUCACUGACAAGGCCAUCCUCAUCCAAAAGGCUGUUAGAGGAAUGAAGGAGAGGACUAACUUCCUGAGGGUGAGGAGGUCAGUGACAUUCAUUCAGAAGAUGUGGCGCGGCUAUCGGUGCAGGAAGGACUACAAUGCUAUGAGGGUCGGCUUCCUGCGCCUACAAGCCCUCUAUAGAUCAAGAAAACUCUUUGUCACCUACCAAUUGGCCAGGACUUGCGUCACUCAAAUACAGGCCCGUUGCCGUGGUUUCAUGGUGAGGCGGUCUUUUUGGAGGCAGCUGCAUGCGGUGAUCACCAUCCAGGCAUACGCCAGGGGCAUGAUCGCACGGAGGGUUACCCAGAGACUCAGGGCAGAGCACCGGCGGCGCCAAAAGGCAGAAGGCCAGCGUCUGGUCGAGGAGGAGCGCCUGAGGAACCAGAUGACGGUGCGACGGGCGCGGGCCGAGGCCGAGAGGAGUCACAAGGAGCGCCUGGCCGAGCUGACCCGUCAGGAGGAGGAGAGGGAGAAGGAGGCACGGGAGGAGGCACGACGAAAGAAGGAGAUGGUGGAACAGGUGGAGCGGGAGAGGGAGCAGCCGGUGGACCACUCAUACAUGGUGGAUCAGAUGUUUGGCUUCCUGGGGAACACAGGGGCACUGCCCAACCUGGAGGGACAGGGGCCGGCCGGCUUCGAGGACCUGGAAGUGGCUCUGCGGGCCGAGGAGGAGGAGGACUUAGACGAAGCUCUCCCUCUGCCUGACGACGAAGAAGAGGACCUGUCGGAGUACAAGUUCUCCAAGUUCGCCACCAUGUACUUCCAGGGCACCACCACACACAAAUAUGUGCGGCGCCCGCUCAAGCAGCCUCUGCUCUUCCAUGAGGAUGAGGGUGACCAGCUGGCAGCCCUGGCGGUGUGGAUCACGGUGCUGAGGUUCAUGGGGGACCUGCCUGAACCGAAGUACCACACCGCCAUCAGUGACGGCUCAGAGAAGAUCCCCGUCAUGACCAAGAUCUACGAGACGCUGAGCAAGAGGACCUACAAGAGAGAGCUGCAGGAGCUCCAGACUGUGGAGGGAGAGAACAGCUCCAAUGAAGGUGGUGGUGGGCAAAAGAAGAACAGUGUGAGACACAAGCUGGUCUCUCUCACACUGAAGAGGAAGUCCAAGAUCACUGAGGAGGUGACCCGGCGUUUGAUGGACGGUGAUUACAGCCUACAGGGAAACAGCAUGUUGGAGGACCGGCCCACCUCCAACCUGGAGAAGCUUCACUUCAUCAUCGGCAACGGCAUCCUAAGGCCCGUCCUCAGGGAUGAGAUCUACUGUCAGAUCUGUAAGCAGCUGACCCAGAACCCAUCUAAGAGUAGCCAUGCACGUGGCUGGAUCCUGCUCUCUCUCUGCGCUGGCUGCUUCGCUCCCUCUGAGAAGUUUGUCAAAUAUUUGCGUACGUUCAUGAUCAGUGGUCCGCCAGGCUACGCUCCAUACUGCGAGGAGAGGUUGAGGAGGACCUUUGUGAACUGCACCAGGACCCAGCCACCAUCUUGGCUCGAGCUGCAGGCCACUAAGUCGAAGAAACCCAUCAUGUUGCCAGUGACCUUCAUGGAUGGCACCACUAAGACCCUGCUGACUGACUCAGCCACCACAGCCAACGAGCUGUGUAAUUCCCUGGCCGACAAGAUCAGCCUCCAAGACCGCUUCGGUUUCUCCCUCUUCAUCGCCCUGUUUGACAAGGUAUCCUCAUUGGGCAGCGGCAGCGACCAUGUGAUGGAUGCCGUGUCGCAGUGCGAGCAGUAUGCCAAGGAGCAGGGUGCCCAGGAGAGGAAUGCUCCCUGGCGCCUUUUCUUCAGGAAGGAGAUCUUCACGCCCUGGCACAAUCCUGGCGAUGACAGUGUGGCCACCAACCUCAUCUACCAGCAGACUGUCCGGGGAGUCAAGUUCGGCGAGUACCGCUGCGAGAGGGACGAGGAUCUGGCGGAGUUGGCGUCUCAGCAGUACUACGUAGAAUAUGGCUCAGAGAUCCUCCAAGAGCGCCUCCUCAACCUUAUCCCCUCCUACAUCCCUGACCGUGAAAUCAGCUCAGCCAAGACCACUGAAAAGUGGGCCCAGCUAGUUGUCUCCUCCCACAAAAAGGGAGUUUACACUCAGAAGAGGUUGGACAAUCAGAAGGUGAAAGAGGACGUGGUUGACUUUGCUCGUUUCAAGUGGCCUUUACUCUUCUCACGCUUCUACGAGGCCUUCAAGUUUUCAGGACCCAGCCUGCCUAAGAAUGAUGUCAUUGUAGCAGUGAACUGGACCGGGGUCUACUUUGUGGAUGAGCAGGAGCAGGUCCUUUUGGAACUCUCUUUCCCAGAGAUCACUGCUGUGUCCAGUAGCAGAGGAGGUAAGCUCCAGGGCCAGAGCUUCUCGCUGGCCAUCAUCAAAGGAGACGAGUACACGUUCACCUCCAACAAUGCAGAGGACAUCUGUGAGCUUAUUGUGACCUUUUUGGAAGGCCUCAGGAAGAGGUCAAAGUUUGUGGUGGCGCUGCUGGACUGCCCCAACCCCGCGGGCGGCGAGGACUCCACCUUCCUCAGUUUUUCCAAGGGCGACCUGAUCCUAUUGGACGAGCACUGUGGCGAGCAGGUCAUGACCUCGGGGUGGGCUCACGGGGUCAACGACAGGACCAAGCAGCAGGGGGACUUUCCGGCCGACUGCGUCUACGUCCUUCCCACCGUCACCCGGCCGCAGUAUGACAUCGUGGCUCUGGUAACUAUGACUCCAGACCAGAGAAGAGAGUCCAUCAACCUGUCCCAGACGGCCCUGGCUGAGAGUGAGGACAAGGUCAAGCCUUACACCCUAGAGGAGUUCUCCUACGACUACUUCAGAGACCCCCCUAAGAGCACUCUGAGCAGGGUGAUGAUCACUAAGGGCCGGGGGAAGGAGUGUCUGUGGUGUUGCACCAGGGAGCCCCUCAAACAGCCUCUGCUGAAGAAGGUGCUGGCCCAGGAAGAGCUCUCCCAGGAGGCUCAACUGGCCUUCGUUGCCCUGAUGAAGUAUAUGGGUGACUACCCGUCCAAGCGAGCGCGUUCGGUCUACGAGCUGACCGACCAGAUCUUUGAAGGAGCGCUGAAGGCAGAGCCACUGAAAGACGAGAUCUACUGUCAGAUCCUCAAACAGAUCACAGAGAACCACAUCAAGUACAGUGAGGAGAAGGGCUGGGAGCUGCUGUGGCUUUGUACAGGUCUGUUCCCCCCCAGUAACAUUCUGCUACCCCACGUCCAGAAGUUCCUCCAGGCUAAGAAGCACCACCACCUCGCCCCCGACUGCAUGCAGAGACUCCAGAAGGCCUUACGUAAUGGAUCCAGGAAGUACCCGCCUCACCUGGUGGAGGUGGAGGCCAUCCAGCACAAGACCACGCAGAUCUUUCACAAAGUGUUCUUCCCCGAUAACACAGAUGAGGCUUUCAAGGUGGAGUCGAGCACCAAGGCCAAAGAGUUCUCUCUGAACAUCUCAGGCAGACUGCUCCUCAAGUCUUCCGAGGGCUUCAGCCUGUUUGUCAAGAUCACUGACAAGGUCAUCAGUGUGCCUGAGGGGGAUUUCUUCUUUGACUUUGUAAGGCAUCUGACCGACUGGAUCAAAAAAGCUAGACCCGCAAAGGACGGUAUAGUGCCUUCACUGAGCUAUCAGGUGUUCUUCAUGAAGAAACUGUGGACCAAUACCAUGCCAGGGAAAGACUCCAUGGCCGACUCCAUCUUUCACUACUACCAGGAGCUUCCCAAAUAUCUCCGUGGUUACCACAAGUGUUCCCGAGAAGAGGUUUUCCAGCUGGGAGCUCUGAUCUACAGGGUGAAGUUCGAGGAAGACAAAUCCCAGUUUCCCAACGUUCCCAAGAUGCUGAAGGAGCUGAUCCCUCAGGACCAGAUUAGACACCUCUCGCCUGAGGUCUGGAAACGGUCUAUAGUGGCGUUCUUCAACAAGCAGUCGGGGAAGACUCGAGAGGAGGCCAAGCUAUCAUUCCUCAAAGUCAUCUUCAAGUGGCCUACAUUUGGCUCGGCCUUCUUUGAAGUCAAGCAAACCACUGAUCCAAACUUUCCAGAGACCCUCUUGAUAGCAAUAAACAAACAUGGUGUCAGCCUGAUCGACCCCAAGUCAAAGGACAUCUUAACGACUCACCCGUUCACUAAGAUCUCUAACUGGAGUAGUGGAAACACCUACUUCCACAUCACCAUCGGCAACAUGGUCCAAGGCACCAAGCUGCUGUGUGAGACCUCACUGGGCUACAAGAUGGACGACCUCCUGACCUCUUACAUCAGCCAGAUGCUGACCACCAUGACCAAACAGCGCGGUUCCCGUGGAAACAUCAAGUGAGCUGUAAAGUGAUUGAUCCCGCUGUUGACCGUAGUAGGCUUCUCAGAUCUAUUACACGUGUCUCAUUAAAACAGAGAGGGAUACAUACAACCUUUACGCCAUAACAUGUCAAAUCAAUGACAUGCACACACACACAUACACACAUCGAUUCACUUGACUGAUUUUCUCCCAAAUAUUGUGGAUGAAAGAGAGUGGGAAGUGCAAACGCUUGGGAAUCUCUGGUCUAUGAGUCUGUUCUACUGAUACUGGUCAUCUCAGGACUAAAGGCACAAUGUUGCUACAUCGUCUGAAUGCAAUGUCUGAGACAUUGAAUGAAUAUAAUGCAUCUCCACGCACUUGUGUUAAAGAAAUGUACUUGGAUCGUUGGUUAAGGGGAUAGAGGCAAGACAGCGGCGUUGUGACUAGAAUUCUCUUUUUGUAUUGUCAGUGGGAAGUGUGACGAUUGAUGUUUUGGCUGAUUGUCCGAUGUUGUUUUAUAUCUUGGGUCUUAAUUAACAAUCACCAAAUUGCCUUUACUUAACCUAUACUCAAAUGCACAACCAACAAUUAAAUUACAACUUGUUACAUGGCAACUAAUCAGGAGCUUUGUUUAUAAAAUGUCUAAGUCCAUACUAUAUAUACUAUAAUCGCUAUUCUAUUUUGGUUUAGAGUUUAAUUCAACAUUUUCCCUUAUUGUCAUAGGCAGGCUAAAUAGUUUCUUUCAAUAUCUAUUCAUACCUACAGUAAUCACUGUUAUUAGUACACUUCAUAUACUGAAGUACAUUUGAUGAGUACAGUCAGAUUGACCUCUGGACAUUAGCUGUCUCUAGGACUUUGCAUACAGUGUGUAUACCACAUCACUGUAAAAACCUUAUUUAAUCAUGUGAUAUUUCUAACGAGCACAGAUUUAGCUGUUUGCUUACUUAAUUAUUGAAGCAAAUUUUUAUUCUGUAAAUAAAUUCUGUAUCAUAUGACUGCUUUUUAUAAUUGUGGAGCAGUCAAUGAUUUUUAAGUAUUGAAGGUGAACUCCGGUAAAUGACAAAAUACAGUAUCAUAUACAUACAGAUAUCAACAACAGAUUGCCAGUUUUGGCAUAUUAAAGUUAUGUUAGUAUUGAUGUCUGUAAGCAGGAUGCCCCCCACCACAGGCAUCGCACACACUCCCGCGUCAUAAGCCAUGAAAAACAUUUUUAGAAUAAUACUGAACAAAAAUAUUAACGCAACAUGCAACGAUUUCAAAGCUUUUCCUGAGUUACAGUUCAUACAGAAUUAGGAAAUCCGUCAAUUGAAAUGAAUUAUUAGUCCCUAAUCAAUGGAUGUCACAUGACUGGGCAGGGGUGCAUCCAUGGGUGGGCCUGGGAGGGCAUAGGCCCACCCAUUUGGGAGCCAGCCAAUCAGAAUAAGUUUUUCCCACAAAAGGGCUUUAUUACAGAAAUAAGCUUUUUGUGUGUGGUUAAUAUCUGGGAUCUUUUUAUUUCAGCUCAUGAAACAUGGGACCAACACACUACAAGUUUCAUUUGUAUUUUUGUUCAGUGUAGCUUUAAAACUGCAAAAUUCUUUCUCAGCCUCAUGGCAAAAUGUGUAGAAUAUCAGGAAAUUAGCUCAGGGAUUGCUGACAGUCGGGACUAUCCUUGCCCAGCAGGGAAACCCAGCCCAGCAGGGAAACUUAUGUUCCGUUCAUUUUUGAUCAUGUUAACGCAAGAAGUCGCUUUCUUCCCUCUCAAUAACGACAUUGUUUAAAAUGACUUCAUAGUGAAAUAGGCUCAUACUAAAUACAAUGGCUAUCACUGCCAACUGAGUGUUUUCCUCUCAGCUUCAUUUUGGACAUUUGUUGCCGGUCUUCUAACUCUGGAUUAGCAGGGCCUCUAUUUUCUUACAUGAGAAUUGUUAGGCACUUUGCAAAUCUCACACUAUGGAACACAAAAAUGUCUAUCGCAGAAUGGGAAAUUAACAGAAUGACGACAAUAAAAUGACAAAUUGGCAUGUUUGAAAAA